ACUUAGGGCAGGAUGAACGCUGCUUUCCAAGAUGGCGACGGAGGGAGGAGGGAAGGAGAUGAACGAGAUUAAGACCCAAUUCACCACCCGGGAAGGUCUGUACAAGCUGCUGCCGCACUCAGAGUACAGCCGGCCCAACCGGGUGCCCUUCAACUCGCAGGGAUCCAACCCUGUCCGCGUCUCCUUCGUAAAUCUCAACGACCAAUCUGGCAACGGCGACCGCCUCUGCUUCAAUGUGGGCCGGGAGCUCUACUUCUAUAUCUACAAGGGGGUCCGCAAGGCUGCUGACUUGAGUAAACCAAUAGAUAAAAGGAUAUACAAAGGAACACAGCCUACUUGUCAUGACUUCAACCACCUAACAGCCACAGCAGAAAGUGUCUCUCUCCUAGUGGGCUUUUCCGCAGGCCAAGUCCAGCUUAUAGACCCAAUCAAAAAAGAAACUAGCAAACUAUUUAAUGAGGAAAGACUAAUAGACAAGUCACGAGUAACCUGUGUCAAAUGGGUCCCCGGUUCGGAAAGCCUUUUUCUAGUAGCCCAUUCGAGUGGGAACAUGUACUUGUAUAAUGUGGAGCACACUUGUGGCACCACAGCCCCCCACUACCAGCUUCUGAAGCAGGGAGAGAGCUUUGCCGUGCACACUUGCAAGAGCAAAUCCACGAGGAACCCUCUCCUUAAGUGGACGGUGGGCGAGGGGGCCCUCAACGAGUUUGCUUUCUCCCCAGAUGGCAAGUUCUUGGCGUGCGUGAGCCAGGACGGGUUUCUGCGGGUGUUCAACUUUGACUCGGUGGAGCUGCAUGGCACGAUGAAAAGCUACUUUGGAGGCUUGCUGUGUGUGUGCUGGAGCCCGGACGGCAAGUACAUUGUGACAGGUGGAGAGGACGACCUGGUGACAGUCUGGUCCUUUUUGGACUGCCGAGUGAUAGCUAGAGGCCACGGGCACAAAUCCUGGGUCAGUGUUGUGGCAUUUGAUCCCUAUACCACUAGUGUAGAAGAAAGCGACCCUAUGGAGUUUAGCGGCAGUGACGAGGACUUCCAAGACCUUCUUCAUUUUGGUAGAGAUCGAGCAAAUAGUACACAGUCCAGGCUAUCCAAACGGAACUCUACAGAGAGCCGCCCUGUCAGUGUCACGUAUCGGUUUGGCUCGGUGGGCCAGGACACACAGCUCUGCUUAUGGGACCUUACAGAAGACAUCCUCUUCCCUCACCAACCCCUCUCAAGAGCAAGGACACACACAAAUGUCAUGAACGCCACGAGUCCUCCUGCGGGAAGCACUGGGAACAGUGUCACAACGCCUGGCAACUCUGCGCCCCCUCCUCUGCCACGGUCCAACAGCCUCCCACAUUCCGCUGUCUCAAAUGCCGGCAGCAAAAGCAGCGUCGCAGAUGGGGCCAUUGCUUCUGGGGUCAGCAAAUUCGCAACACUCUCACUACAUGACCGGAAGGACAGGCACCACGAGAAAGAUCACAAGCGAAACCAUAGCAUGGGACACAUUUCUAGCAAGAGCAGCGACAAACUGAACCUAGUUACUAAAACCAAAACGGACCCAGCUAAAACUUUGGGAACACCCCUGUGUCCUCGAAUGGAAGACGUUCCCUUGUUAGAGCCGCUCAUCUGUAAAAAGAUAGCACAUGAAAGACUGACUGUAUUAAUUUUUCUUGAAGACUGUAUAGUCACUGCUUGUCAGGAGGGAUUUAUUUGCACAUGGGGAAGGCCUGGUAAAGUGGAGUAACCCCUGGAUCCGAGGAAAAGAGCUCCUAUAGAUUCUGAGCAGGGGUCAAUUGCUACAUCCCAUUUGCCCUUUGCUUCCUGUUCUUGUCCAGAUUAACAGAUUUCAGUUUUAAGGUAAGAAACCGGAGAUAAGAUGACUUAGAGUGGGACAGCACGUUUCCCAGCUUCCUUCCAACAAGGUGUGGGCAAAGCUGAAGGUCAAUUUCAGAUUGUCACCCCUCAUUGAAUCCACACAAGUCGCGGCAGUGUUUGCUUAAAUGCUUGUCAUGUGUAAACAAUACUAACCGAUUGAAGCGCUUUUCAGGAUAGCUUAAGAAUAAGCUUGUGUUCAUAGAACUGAAAAUUUGUAGCUUUAAUGUUGCACUAUUGUAACCUUAACAUUAUUCUUAAUAAAUGAAUGCCAAACUGUCAUGUACAAACGUGCAUCCCAAUAAUAAAUGCAAAGGAAUGUAAGUGCUCUUUGCCGGAUAAGGGAUCAAAUAUGCUCAGGUUAAUCCGAGCUCACGCCUGCACUGCAGAAAUCAGUGCGAGCCUCCCACCUCUCAGUAGGAGCCACUGGAAGGGACAGAUACACCUCCUACUGGUGCAGGGAGCGGGUCAGCUCCAAAACCCCGUUCCAAGGCCGCUGCACCUGAGGAGCAGGCCUGGGCUUUGUUCUGGGCCCCCCCACGGCCCGGAUCCUUCUUCUCCUAUCUGCUGGACCCUGUUUGCUGGCGCUAAAGUGAGAGGGCUCUCCGUGGCCCUGACCUGCAGCCCUUGGGAAAGGCGUGAACGGCCCCCUGGGAGGUGCCCCUGCCUUUGGGCCAACCGCGUCCCGGAGAACCCAGGCCCCGAGAGACCACUUUCUCCCCCAGGCCAGCCCUGCCCAGAGUAUUACACUCAAGCCAGGGGCUGAGUUCAGUGGAUUCUGGUGUGUUAGGAACGUCAUGCAAUGAUCUGGAUAGGAAUUAAAUAGAUGAAAAUGGAGGAUUUGGUAAAACACUGGCUUCCAAACUGACAGAAGUCUAAUUUUGAUCGUGGGAAACUGCUGGAAAAGGAGGAGUGACUGUGACUUUCUCCGCUGCCCAGGCUUUUGCUGGAUUAAUGU